CUUUUUUUUCACUAUUUGAACAAGAUCAGAUCUUCAUUUCCUUUCUCCUCCCCCGCUCCAAUCGCAGCUCAGCAGUCAUGAAUUGAAUCACGCGUAGUCGGAGUCGAGGUAUGUCUGAGAAGCUAUUCUGAAGAGUAACUUGAAGAACAAGAGUGGGAGUCUCAUGGCAAAUACUGCAUGCUUUAUGAUAGUCAGCAAGAAUGACAUCCCAAUUUACGAAGCCGAAGUUGGUACUGUCCCCAAAAAAGAAGAUGCUGCACAUCAGCACCAGUUCAUACUGCAUGCUGCUUUAGACAUUGUUCAGGACAUGGCUUGGACUACUAGUGCUAUGUUUUUGAAAGCUAUUGACAGAUUCAACGAUAUGGUGGUAUCGAGUCUUCUGAAUCCACUCUACCUUCCUGGAAGCCGUAUCACAUCAUCGCAUUUCGACACAAAAGUCCGAGCGCUUGCCAGAAAAUACCUGUGAAGCAUACCAUGGAUUUGUUUUGUCAACAAGUAUUGAUCUCAAUUUCUUCUCUUUUUUAUUUUUCUUUCAUUUUUUUUCGUUUUUCUUUUGAUCCUAAACUUCGGUAAUGGGCUUACAUUAGACAUAUUUCCAAGGAUAUGCAAGUGCUGCAGCAUCUCCCCCUCAGACAUCUAUUAUUGUAAAUUCGAAUUUUAUGAUCCAUUUUUAGUGUGCAUUUGUUUGGCUAUAAGUUGUGAGCCUUUUUUGGGUUUUCUAUAUAUAGGUUGGGGGUCCGGCCUUAACCCUCCAACCUUCCGG